AUGCCCACCCGCCGCCGCCGUCUCCUCGACCGCCUCUCGCGCAUCAGCUCCUCCCCGCAGCUCACCACGCCCUCCGCCCUCGGGUCCCCCCUCUCCCCCGCGCUCACCCCGCACCACGCCUCCUCAACCCUCACGCUCGCCACACCCCCCCCGCACCCCGCCCAAACCGUGCAAAUCCCCUACGGCACCGACGGCGAGUCCCUGCACAUCACCAUCCCGCUCCCCCCCCGGCCCCGCCGCGACCUCUGGACGCCCCUCCCGCCCGAACUCAAACUGCACAUCCUCAGCCACCUCUCCACCCCGGACCUCCUGCGCACGGCGCCCACCUCCCGCGACUUCGCAUCCCUCACGCGCGACGGCCAGCUCUGGUCCACGCUCGACACAACGCACUACUACACGCGCAUCCCCGCGUCGCAGCUCGCAGCCCUCAUCACCUCCUCCGCCCCCUUCCUGCGCCACCUCAACCUCCGCGGCUGCCUCCAGCUCGCCGCCGACUGGCGCCAAGACGCAACGUACUCCGCGCCGCGCAACCUGCGCUCCGUCAUCCUCGAGGGCGCCCAGCCCUCCAAGGCCGCCCUGGGCGCCAUCGUCCACCGCAACGCGGCCCUCGUCCGCCUCGACGUCUCCGGCUGCCGCGCACUCACCUUCAGCGUCGCGCGCCUCAUCGCCACGUCGCUGCCGGCGCUCGAGGCGGCCGACGUCAGCUGGUGCGCUGGCCUCGAGGCCCGCGGCCUCAAGCGGAUCGUGGAGGGGUGCGGCCGACUAAGGGAGCUGCGCGCGUGCGGCGUCAACGGCGUCGAAGACGCCACCGUCAUGAGCGCGAUUCACAGCGCGAAUCGAAUCACGAGGCUGGAUAUGAAUAGCUGUGCGGGUCUCACGGACGAUGCCAUCCGCACGCUGUGUCUGGGCCCCUACCACCACAGUAGCAGCGGGGCGGCGCCGCCGCCGCCGCGCAGACUCACGUGGCUGGCCGUGUCGUCGUGUCCACGGAUUACGGACGCGGCGCUGCAUGUGCUGGCGGCGCAUGCGCCGCACCUGGAGGGGUUUGAGGCGGCGGCGGACGUGGGGGUGACGGACGCGGGGCUGGCGGCGCUGUUUGGCGGCGCCAGGGGGCUGUCGCAUGUUGAUGUUGAGGGGUGUGUUGCGGUUAGUGAUGCUGCGGUUACGGCGCUGGCACGGCAUGGGAAGGUGGUGUAUCUGAAUGUGGGGAGCUGCGCGGAUGUCGGGGAUGGCGGCGUGGUGGAGGUGCUGAGGAGGUGCGCGGGGGUGAGGUGUGUGGAGGCGGAUGGGACGGCGGUGACGGAUCGCGUGCUGGAUGAGGCGGUGAGGGCCGUGCGGUAUAGGGGUGUCGCGGAGGUGGCGCUGGCGGUGUAUGAUUGCCCCGGUGUGACGUGGGAGGGGGUGCGCGCGGUGAUGGGGCAGAAUUCGGGGGGUGUGGGGGGACGGGUGAAGGUGAAGUGCUAUUUUGGGUGGCAGGCGGUGGUGGAUACGCAUUGGGAGAGGUGUGGCAGGGGCGAGAUGGGCGACGCGGAGAAGGUGGAGAGGGCGUGGGCGGCGUUUAUGGGCGGCGAGGAGGGCGGGAGGAGGAGGAGAAGGAGGGGCGGCGCGUGGAUGUGGGAGGGGGGUGCGGGGGCGGGGGUGGACAGGAGGGGGAGGGGACGGUGUGUGGUGUGUUAG